ACCUCUUGGCCCAUCAAAGGCCCAAAGGAGAUCCCAACCCACCCUGGAGCGCUUCUCUCGGCUGCUCGAGUCCCCAUUCCACAACACAACGCCCGGCGAGCACUCUCACAGAGCAGAGCAGAGAGCUGAAAGAGACCGGUGAUGGGGAGAAAGAAGGGGACGGUGGAGUUCGACGAGUCGCCGCCGGAUGACUUCGACGCGGCGAACCCGUACAAGGAUCCGGUGGCGAUGCUGGAGAUGAGGGAGCACAUCGUGAGGGAGAAGUGGAUCGACAUCGAGAAGGCCAAGAUCCUCCGCGACCGCGUCAAGUGGUGCUACCGCAUCGAGGGCAUCAACCACCUCCAGAAAUGCCGCCACCUCGUCCGCCAGUACCUCGAAUCCACCCGCGGCAUCGGCUGGGGCAAGGACGGCCGCCAUCCUUCCCUCCAUGGCCCCAAGGUGGAGUCCGUCGAGUCUGACUGACGCGCAACCAGGAUAAAUGGAGGUCUGAAGCUGGAGCAGGCUAUCUGUAUGAGAAGUGGAUGCUCACUUUCUUGCAGUGUGAUUGUAUUCCUUUUUCAGUUUUGUCCUUUUCAUUUUAUUUGCAGAGGCCAUAUGAUGUUGGAUUUGGCUUUACUUAGUUCUGUUUGUUAUCACCAUUCAAAACGCCAAAGUAUUAACAGAGCCUUCAUAAAUGGAAGAACAUGGGACAAUGAAUAAGUUUGUUGCCUCUCACUUGCUGAUGUUCCUGCUUCUUAAGCAUUUGUAGAUAUGUAGAGAAAGAUGGUUACGAGUGAUCAAGUCUUGCUGUUUUCUUUCUUAUU